AUGUCGACAGAUACCAUGUAUAUUAACAGUUCACGAAUGUUACCAACACGAAGUAAGAAUAAAACUUCGAAUGCGAUGUUUCCUCGUAGUAACAGUAGCACAAGUAUUAAGAACAACAACAACAACAACAAUAAUAAUAAACAAAAUGGUAAUAAUAAUUCAACUAAUCGUAAUAAGAAACAUUCUCAUAAAUCAAAUGCGAAUAAAAAUUUAGAUAAAUUGAAAGUACCGUUACCACAAACUUUACCAAAUGGUGAAAAGCCAAAUUUUGGUGGGGGUUCAAAUUCCACUACAAUUCCAAAUAAUUCAAAGCGUAAUGGUAAUCAUAGUAAUAAUAAAGAUAAAUCUACUAAAACCAUUACUAAAAACUUAAAGAACUUAUUACUGGAUAAUAAUAAUAACCAUAAUCAGAAAACCUCUACAAAAAGAAGAAGUAACAGCAAAUCUCCAAAAAUGCAAAACAAUGUAACCACUAAUAGUAUUCCUGUUAUGAAUACUAACCAUAGCCAUUCAAAUAGCAUCAACCCUCAAGAAUUUACAAAACAAAAUACUACUCCAAUCAUGACUUUUUUAACCUCUCCAAUAAAUGGACCAGGAUCAAUUCCAAAUAUGAAUUUAUCAGAUCAACAUCCUGCUUCAAAUCAACCAAGUACUAGUAGUAGUCGAGGCGAUACACCAACUCCUGGAAAUAUGCCACGUGUAGGGUCUCAAAUAUUAACAAGACCCGGCAUUUCAAUGGCAAUGCUAAAUAAUGAUCAAGGUAAUAAUAAACAACAAAAUAUUCUUCCACAAUCUCAACAACAACAACAACAACAGUAUCCACAAGGAUUUUUGCAACAACCUCAAUCUUUACAAUUUCAACCUCAAAUUCAAGCACAAUUUCCACAACAACCUCAAUAUGGGUUGCCUAUUGGGCCUGGUAUUCAACCAAAUCAAUCUAUGCCACUACCACCACCUAAUAUUCAAUCAUCCUUAUCUCAACAUUUUCAAGGUUUAGGCUAUCCAUUUGCAUUACAUAACAAUUACAGAUUGUCUUCAAGUGGUAGUCCAGUUCCUCAACAAAUUCAGUUGAUGGCACCAAUGUUUAACCAACAAAAUAUGCAUCCAAUGAAUAAUAAUGAUAAUGCAGUUCGUCAGGGACAAGCUACAAUUGGCAACACUAUAUCACCAAACGUUACACCUACAACGUUACGUUCCACUCAAAUUACUCCUAGGGUGAAGACUAGUAAGACACAACAAUCUUCUGCUAAAAGAAAUAAAGCUAGAACAUCUAGUCAUUCAUUUGCAGGGGCAUCGUUUGCUACUGAUGUUCCUCAGGAAUCAAAUUUACCAAAACCAAGUUUUUUAUAG